UUAUCCGCGUUAGCUGCCUUCGCGCCCACGCCGAGUACAGUCCCGCAGCGAGAGAUGUGCCUGCAGCCUUAUUUGCAACAUAUUGCCCCGCAAACUGUCUACAGUACUCGCUCGCUACGUUCAAUACCGCGUAGGCCAUAAUAGCGCCAAAGCGAGCCUGCGGGCCGCAAACUCUGAGCCGACUCUGCGCCGAUUCUACCGAACCAGCUGAGCUGAGCCUCGGAUAGCCUGAUGGGUGACCUGGACCGCAACUACCGCUAUAGUUAUGAUGAAACCGAUGUCAGCAUGUUGGGGGAGGAGGGCAACGCGAGCGAUGCGAUGAGCUGGGAUGGGCCCGAUGGCGCUGCGGGAGCUGGCCACGGUGAUGCCGACAGCGUCGUGCUUAGGGGUGACGCCGAAGCAGAUGUUACGGAUGGCUACGCCGAUCUGCGCGUGGAUUCCUGCCACGAGGAGGCAGCGGACCCAGACUCGUCCGCUGUGCUUGCGGAAGUCCCGAAAGUUGACUGCCAGUGCACAAUUUUGACAGCAGCAGCGCCAGGCACCCGCGUCACCCGUGCUGAGGAUGUGCUCACCGGGUACUUGUCCAAGUGCGGCGCCACAGCUCAAGGUGGCGAAGGCAACGGCGCCACAGGCCGUGAUGUGUUCCCUGGGCCGCACCCUGGCAGGACCGCCACACAGCCACCGCCUGCUGCAGCUGGUGGCACGGACGCCACGGAUGCAGGGAGCUCGGGCGGCCCGUCUGCCGCUGCGUCAUGGGAGCGGCUGGGGGCCCGGCGGAGCGCGCUGGCAGCCGCGGAGCACAGCGAGGCGGGCAUCGCGGCAGUGGCACCCGCGACCGCCGACAUGCUGGAUACGGAGGAGGGCGCGCAGGUCCAGCGCGGCGCGGCAACGCCGGCCAGUGGCGCAGAAUUGCCGCGGCAGGAGGGCGGCGAGGACGGCGUGGCCGCUGAGGAGGGGCUGUGGCCCACCACGGCGUAUGAGGAGUGGUUGCGCGCCCGGCUGCGUUAUGCGCUGUGGCGCAGCCAUGUGGCAUGCUGCUCUAUGCUGCACGGCAUGCCGGGGGGCCCGGCAGCGGAGGAAGGGGAGGCGGCGAAGGCGGCGGAGGCACCCGCCGCCGCCGCCAUGCUGCUGGACGCAGAGGAGGGCGAGGAGGGGCGGCAAGCCAUGGCACCGCCGGCCAGUGGCGCAGCGGCAAGCGGUGGCGGCGGCGGAGAGCUCCUCUUUGAUGACCUGCGGGCGGCGCUUGCAUCGGUGUCGUCCUCCUUGGGGCGGGGCUCGGCGCCAUUCGCGGCGUGCGCCUGUGACCCCGGCCAGCAUGGCGAGGCCCGGCCGUCAUCAGACCCUGUGCGCACGCCGCAGCCGCCACAGCCUGCAGCCGCGCUGGAACUGCUGUCCCCGGUCACCUGCUGCAGCGGCUCAUCCGCAGAUCUUGCAGCGGUGCAGCGGCAAGGUGCGGCGUGUGCUGCGGCUGCUUCGGCAGCAGCGCCAAGCCCACGCCCACUGCCGUCAGUGGCGGCGGAGGUCCAGACGCAGCAUCCGGCGGCAGCAGCAGACAACGAGCCGGCUGACGGCACCACGCCGCAGCGCUCGGCUAAAGAGGUGACGCCCCAGCAGCCGAACGCGCAGCAGAGAGGAGUCGCGCCGGUGCGGCUGCUGCCUCGGGUGGACCGGCUGCCCCGUAUCGCCAUGACGCCGAAUGCAAAGCUGUGGCAGCACAACGCGCGGUAUAACACAGCCGCCAAGGCUGUGGUGGACAUCGUGCUGGGCGUGGUGGCGACAGCAGAGGAGCAGCAGGGCUCGGACCUGGGCCCUUGCUUCUACCUGACGGCCACCGCCGUCCUGCUGCUGAGCCUGGUGCUAUUGCACGGCCUCGAAGAUCCAUCCACGCAGCCCUGGCUUAAACGGGGCACCCAGAAUAUGGAGGAACUGGUGGCGCAGCUGGAGAGGUGGGCGUCCUUCAAGGACCUCAACCUCGACACGUGCAUCCGGUACCUGUGGGCAGGCGCGCCAGACUGGCCCAAGGUGGCGCAGACCCUGGCCGCGGUCAGGGAAGGCCUCACCCUCAACCACAUUUGUAAGGGCAGCUACAACGCAGUUUUUUGGGUGGUGGGCAGGGGUGACUUGCUCACGAGACAGCCGCUGCAUAAUAUCGAUUCGGACCUGCUGGCGGCCGUCUACAACCAAGGGCCAGCGCUGCUCCGCCACCUGCGUGCGGCCUGCGCGAUUCACCGCGACAGUAAGCAGCCCAUCGGUGUGCGCGUCAUGGGCCUGCUGCCGGUGGUCAACAGGCGCGUCCCGGACCUCACCACCGGCGAGGCGCUGCGGAGCCUGUGCGCAGCGAAGGGUAAAGUGGCGAUUGCCAUGGUGUUGGAGCGACUGACGACCGUGGAGGAGGUCGCGAAGGCGCUGGCAGCGUACACCGUGGCCCGUGGCCCGUGGCAGGAGGGUGUGUGGCCGCUGGGCUUGGGGCUGGCGCUGACGAGAGGCGUGCUGAGCGCGACGGGUCAUUUGAUCAAGCUGGGGCUGCACCACGGCGAUAUCAAGGUUAACAACGUGGGGUUCACCGACCUCAAGCAGCAGCCGUUCCGCGACGCGACGUUUCUAGACAACGACGACCUGAGCCAGGACCCAAAUGGGCGUGUGCACAGGUACCACACCUCUCGGUUCACGGCCCUGGGGGCGCAGCAGUGUAUAAACAGCGGCAACAUGUGGUGCCGCCCGAGCUUGCGGCUACAGGGCAUGGACCUGCACCAGGUGCAAGGCUUUCAGGCCACGCUGAUAGUGCUGCUGCUGCCGGAGGCGGUGCUUUACCAUGCCAACGACGGCUGCGUCAAUUUCUUUAGUUUUGUCCCGGCGCUGUGGAACACCGGCCACGGCGGCCUAGGCGUGCUGUAUCCCAGCCAGCUGAUGUCCGCCGUGCUGGCGGGUGUGCUGGGGACUCUAAUGCACCCGCUUGCCGACAAGCGCAAGGGCCUGCCGGAGCUCAUGCCGCGCGUCCACAGCCUGUGCAGCGCCAUGGACGAGUGCGAUUUCUGCCUUCGCGGGCUCACUGACGCCGGCGGGUGCCUGCGCGUGCCGAUCGGCGCCGGGCCGCUGGCCCACCUGUGCAGCCCGCCACAGACCGACGUGCUGCUGCGCCAGCUGCUCUCGGCGCUGGAGGAGUGGCGCGAGGACCCGUUCAUGGCGGCCAACCUGUUCCAGGUGAUUACGCUGCUGCACAAGGCGGCCCACUGCACCUGGCCCGCCGGCCCCGUCAACGACUUCAUGCAGCGGGUGCUGCUGCUGGCGGUGCUGUGCGACAUUGUGCGCGUGGAACGCCAGGCGGAGGCUGGGCUAGAGCGACCGGAGCUGCUGCUGCUGUACAAGGGCAAGCAAGGCGACCGCGAGCGCACGCUACUGCACCUGCUGGGCGCCACCGGAAGCACGCAGGGCUACCUCACCAUUCUGCGGGCUCUGGCCAUGGCUGGCCUUUGCUUUGACCGCUAUAAACGUGUCAUGAACGCGGUCGACCAGAACGGAUACUCGCCGCUCAUGCUGGCGGCCGUGCAUGGGCAGCACGCGCUCGUCAUGGCGCACAUCAGCUUUGCAAAGGAGCAGCUGGACGAGGAGGCGCAGCAGCUGCUGAACGAGGCCCUGUCACCCGACCUACGUAAGGUCAGCGAGCGUGCGGUGUUACAGCUGCUGGACGGGCUGGUCCCGCAGCCGGCCGCCCUGGGAGGCCUGCUCACCAUCCUGUGCUCUCAGUUCAACGGACACAACGACCAGCUUCAGAAGCUCCUGGCGUACGUGCCGCCGGUACUGCGGCUGCCAGAGGUGACCGGCGGGCAGGGCGGCGGGGCAAGCAGCAGCGGGGCGGGCGGCGAGGUGGCUGCGGGCGGGCUGCUGGCAGCCGCACAUGCGCACCUGGGCGCGUCCCAGGAGAAGCUGGAGCAGGCGCUCGAGGACUCCCGCCUGCAGCCGCUGCUGCGCUGCCUGCGUGGGCCGGUUCAGCCGGCGGCAGGCCAGGAGGCGGGACCCCACAUUGUGGAGCAGGUGGCGCGCGGCGCGCUCAAGCUGUUUGCGACGGCCGCAGAGCUGCCGCUGACAGACGCGGUCGUGAAUAUUGGAGUCUAUGUACUGCCGGCUCGGUUACUCACGGCAAAGACCGCUCGGGAGCUGGGCGCGGACACCCCCUUCCAUGCAGCGGCUGCGAUGGCUGGUCCCCUGCCCGGGCUCUAUGCUGCGGUCGAGGAGACGUUUGGAUGCAAGCUUGCCGACAAAUGCCUGGCGGAGUUGAACGCGGACGGCCGCACGCCGCUGCAGGUGCUGCUGCAGUGCCACCCAGUGCUGAUGUCCGCACCCAGCAGGGCGUUUGGAAAGGUGGACGACCACCGCACGGAAGAGGGACGCGCCAAGCUCGCCGCGAUCGCCGUCGGUCUGCGCGACUUCAUGGCGGAACGGGUCAAGGACUCCGCCACUCAAUCGCUGCAAGCGGAGCUGGGCAUGGCGGUUCCCAACCUGCUGCCAGGAUGCUGGUCGUGAGCGCCGCCAUUCGGGGCGGGUGGCGGCUGGCGCUGCGGCGAGUGAAGGCGCGGCGGGUGGUGGCGGUGGUGGUGGCUGUAUUAGUCGCUGUACCCGCCCGUGUACGGCACUGUCGAUCUUGAGCUGCUGCGCCUGGGCAACUGUGGCGGCCGCGCGUGCUUGGGCGUCGUGCGUGACAUUGGAUGGGUGCGGGCGGCGGCACCUCCUGUCUUUCCGCAAGACUGCAGUGCUUAAGCGGGAGCCCUGACGUGACUUAAAUACUUGUCUGCUAUGGCUUCGGAUCAUGUGCCUGAUACGCGGAUGCCGACACAAAAGGUGAAAGCUCUGGCCGGUACUCUUGCCCCACUGUCACCAGUGGAGUAAAGCUGUAACAACGGAGGCGUUAUGGAUUGUUGCUGCUGCCCACGCAUGCUGGGGCUCCCCGGUGCGUGCGUGUGACAAGUAGACAUGCAGGGCAGGGGGGCACGGACCGUUGCUUUAAGUG